GGAUUAUCGAAAAGAAAGAUUUCACAAAAUAAUUACAAUAAUUAAAUAGCUUCAUCGUGAAAAAUGUUCAGUUAACACACUUGGUUAGUUGAUAGUCUUCAUAGCAGUUUUUAUUUACGUAUUUCUCUCUCCAAUUCGUUUGAAACUGUUGGGAAAGUUAGUUUAUUGGUAGCGUAUUUAAUGCACUCGAGUAGACGCUUUGAUUUCCCAGCUUUAUCGUGAACCUGAACGUAUCUGAAGAAAAGGAGGCUCAUUAGUUAGCCUGUUAGCAACUGCGCAAGGAUGCAACUGGCUCUAAGUAAAACAUUUGGCCAGAAGCCGGUUAAAUUCCAGCUAGAACAGGAUGGAGACUUUUACAUGGUCGGCUCGGAGGUUGGAAACUAUCUGCGUAUGUUCAGAGGCUCUCUGUAUAAAAGAUAUCCGUCUUUAUGGAGGAGGUUAGCAUCGGUGGAGGAGAGGAAGAAGAUUGUAGCUUCAUCACACGCCACCAGUGUGACUCUGCUGAAGGCGUCUGAAUGUGAAGAGAUCUUUGAGGGCAACGAUGAGAAGUACAAGGCGGUGUCCAUCAGCACCGAGCCGCCAGCUUACCUCAGGGAGCAGAAAGCAAAGCGGAGCAGUCAGUGGGUUCCCACGCUGCCCAACAGCUCCCACCACCUCGACGCCGUGCCUUGUUCCACCACCAUCAACCGCAACCGGAUGGGACGCGACAAGAAGAGGACGUUUCCCCUGUGCUUUGAUGACCACGACCCGGCAGUGAUCCACGAGAACGCAGCGCAGGUGGAGUCGCUGGUUCCCAUUCGACUGGACAUGGAGAUCGACGGACAGAAACUGAGAGAUGCUUUCACGUGGAACAUGAACGAGAAGCUGAUGACGCCAGAGAUGUUUGCAGAGAUCUUAUGUGACGACCUAGACCUGAAUCCUCUCGCCUUCGUCCCCGCCAUCGCCUCAGCCAUCCGUCAGCAGAUCGAGUCGUACCCGACCGACAGCAUCAUGGAGGAGCAGGCGGACCAGAGAGUCAUCAUCAAGCUGAACAUCCACGUGGGGAACAUCUCGUUGGUGGAUCAGUUCGAGUGGGACAUGUCAGAGCGGGAGAACUCGCCCGAGUCGUUUGCUCUGAAGCUUUGCUCCGAGCUCGGCCUCGGCGGGGAAUUCGUCACCACGAUCGCCUACAGCAUCCGGGGUCAACUCAGCUGGCACCAGAGGACCUACGCCUUCAGUGAGAACCCCCUCCCCACAGUAGAGAUUGCCAUCCGCAACACAGGCGAUGCAGACACGUGGUGCCCCCUGCUGGAGACCCUCACAGAUGCUGAAAUGGAGAAAAAGAUCAGAGACCAGGACAGGAACACGAGGCGUAUGAGACGACUGGCCAACACGGCUCCGUCCUGGUAGAAGAAACAGGAAGCUGCAUCCCGUUAGGUUUCCUCUGGAGACUCCUGUUACUCUGAAAGGAUCAAGUACACACUCACACACGCAAACAGCUCAUCCUGAAAUCAUGAACGGAGCAUCUGGACCUCCCCGGACACAUGAAUGUCCUCAGCGAUCAAUGACUGAACACACACACACACACACACACACACACACACACAAACACAUCCAGGCUUUCCUCUGCACACAGGUCAUCAUGUUUCUCUGCAUAUAGCAUGGAGCUAACACCUGCUGGCUGAUGUUUUAAAUUGAAGGAGGUUUCGGUCUGUUACCCAUCAUGCAACAUUCAUCGUGUGUAUCAUGUCAGGACACUCUGCUCGUGGUACACCUGGAGAGAAAGUCUGCCCGUUUCUCUGAGUGCUACUCUCUUAAUAACUGAUAAAUCUGCAGCACAGGUGGUUCAAUGCCAACAUGCUAAACUGUUUGUAUAGAAAGAGGAAAUAUAGGCGCAGCUAGAACUAGAACUAAAAUGGAAGGAAGUUUUUCUUAAAGAACGCCAGUGUUUCCCCUCAAAGGCCUCGUAUCCACACACCUCAUAGUCAUCUUUAGCUCCUCCGUCGACCAGAUCCCAAAUUUGUGAAAUAGCAGCUGUUAUCACAAGGACAGAGGAGACAGACCAUGCCUCUUUUUUCCACACACUGAGCGAAUAUUUCCCCAAAAUGCUUCCUGACUCAUUUCAAAUACGGACGGCGUAAACAUUAUGUGUGUGUCUGGAUUUCAUGCAUUCAUAGACAACACAUCCCGAUCUGUUUUAAAUACGUCCUGGGCUUUGUUCAGACUGCACUCAGAUCAGAUUUGUCUCUAAUAAGACCUUUAAUGCUAAGGAAGAAAAUUACUUGGAGAAGCCUUUGUUUUUAUUUGUAGGAAUUCACAACAGCCCUCGAUUAAAAGAGUAUCUGUGACAUGCCGUCUUUACGUCCGAGUGUUGUCGUCUUCUCAAAAGUUAGCGAACAAGAACAGAGAAGAAAAUGUCAGAUGAAGGCCGUUUGAUACAGAAGACAACACCACAGCCAGAAGCCGCCGCCUUACGCAUCUUUCUGGUUCAAAACUUUAACUCUAUCUGGUGUCUCCAAAGUUUCCUUCUCCAGCUUAGAGAUAAACUAUGCACACACGUUGAGUUGAUUAUUUUAAGAGCCUCGAGGAGCGGAGCAUCCUCACUGAGAAUGAGCUGCAGAAAAUUGGAUUUAAAUAGAAUUCAAACUGACUCAGAGUUCGUCUUAAAUCCAAAAAGUAAAGAAUCGUGUUUCAUGCCAGAGUUUGGUUUUUCAGUUUUCUUUAAAAAAUCGAUUUAACAAAAUCUGGAGAUAUUGAUAUGUAGUCUGAACAAAGGCGGUGGAGGUAUUUACACCAGCAUUAAGUCACUCAGUAUGAAUUUGUCCGACUCUGAGGGCAAAAGAGCGCUUCUGUUUUUCAUGACCAGAGGGCAGUAGGAAAGCAAACGUGUCGCAGGUUUUUCUUUUAGAGCCAAAACAAGUCGGUGAAUGGGCGGAAACAAGAAAUCACAUUUUGUUUCAUUUAAAAGAACUGAAAAAAGGUCAAACACUUUCUGCCCCUGCUUUUCAGAUGAGAGGAGUUUAAGCUUUGUGAAGUGAACUUCUGUAAAAAAUAGUUUGAACUGAGCAGACUUUGAAUGUCACUGUUUACGCUAGGACGAUGAUGUCAUGGUCAAUAUUUCCACAGUGAGCGAUGUAUGUUACAUAUAAUCAACUUAAACUGACCAGAAGGCAUCAAAACUGACCCCAGAAAUCACGGAGAGUAAGAACCAAACAUCUCCUAUCAUGGUGACCGGUAGUGAAG